GUCUCAUCUCCUCCCUUCGCUUCGCAAGGCCAACAAGGAACUCCACCACGCACGGCCGCACCCGCACCCGCACCCGCACCCGCUCUCUGCUGCCAUGGCGUCGUCCUCCAUCGCGCUCACCGUUAUGUUCGGCUUCACCGCAGCCCUGUGCUGCCUCCAGCUCCUCGGCGCGGACACCACGACCACGACCACGACCCAGAGCGGCCUCGCGCGCCUGGCCGCGGCCUCCCUGGUCCCGGCGGUCCUGGCCGCCCUGACGCUGACCCCGCUGCUCGCGUUCGCGCGCGUGCACGCCCGUGCCGGGGCGGAGGGGGCGCUCGUGUCGGGCCUUGCCAAGGCGACCCUCCUCGCGGGGACGGUGGCUCUCGUCGCGGCGGCCGUGGUGCAGCUCGGCGCCGACGGGCACCUCGACCGCGGCCGCGACGACGUCGCGCGCCUGAACGUGAAGUGAUGCAACAAGCAAUCCCCCCCUCCUUCUCCUGACUAUAAAAAUAACCUGCGCCAAGCGUCGGCGUGUCGUCGCUGCAGGCGUCUGGACGACCGGACCACUGCUAGGUCCUCGUUCUGCUCGAUCCGUUCGGAGCUCAGCGCGUCUGGGCUUUCUGAUGGCGGCGGCGUCUGAAGGAGAAGGGGGUGAUUAAUGUUUGGCGUGCCCCCGUGGCCCGUGCCGGUAAAAAGGAGGAUACUUUUAUUUUGUUUUCCUCCGUAUAUGUUGGCCUAGUGCUUGCGCUUCUGGAUUUGUGGUAAGCUCACUGUCUAUGUAAUCCCACUGGGACUGGGAUUUCAGUUUGCUCUUUCAUCUCCUGGACGGUCUUGUAAAUAUAUAUAUAUAUAUAUAUAUAUACUGUGUUUCAGUUACGUUCUUGUAUCAUCGUAUGAUAAUGAAUUAAUGAUGGUGAUACUUGUGGUUUAAA